CAGCUGAGGCGGCGCUGCGCCCCGGGUUGGCUGAGCCCCGGAGCCGCCGCGGGGCCUUGGGGCGCUGUGGGCAAUGCAGGAACGGGAGGGGCCGCUGCCGCCCUCAGUGCUGAGGCGGCGGGACGGCACCGGGACGGCUUGGACACCGGGCGGAUUGAAUCCAGUGGCAUAAGAACUCUGAAAUACGAUUAGAGAUGUAAGGGAGAUUAGCACGGGCAAGAUAGUUGAAGUCUUUCGCCAUCUCCAUUGGUGUGUCAGCAUAAAGGCAGAACUACGCAGACGUCAGGAAAGCAGCACUUCACCCUUCUUCAAGAUGCUGGAUCCAGAUAUUUUCUCCCCUGAACUCAGCAAGGUGCCAGUUUUGUGACCUCACUCGGUCCUGCGGAGCAGAUUUCUACUGCAUGCCUUGGAUACAUGCUUCUAAGCAGCUUAUGGGCUUUUCUUGACCUACGCUUCUUCUCCUAAUGCUGAUCUGACUAUGGCUGUCCUCAAAGUAAAAUUCACCAAAACUAAGAGGGACAAACUGGCUCAGAUCCUAUGGAUCCUCAACUGGGUUUCUGUAGUGAGUGGGAUCGUUCUCUUCAGUCUUGGCCUCUUUCUGAAAAUAGAGAUCAAGAAGCGCAAUGAAGUGAUGGCAAAAGGGGAUAUUAACUCUGUUCCCAACAUGCUGAUCUCUGUAGGAGUCAUAGCAUGUGUCGUCAACUUUCUGGGGGGCAAAAUCUGCUAUGACUGCUCAGAUGCCAACAAGUUCUCCCGAUGGAAGCUGAUUAUGCUCCCAUACAUAAUAUGUACCUUCUGUUUUACCUUCUGCAUCCUGCUGGGUGCUCUCAUGUGCUACACCAUGAGGAAUGAGCUGGAAGAAUCACUGUACCUGGGACUGAGGGAUGCUAUUAAGUUCUACAAGGACACAGACAUACCUGGAAGAUGUUUCUUAAAAAAGACAGUGGAUAUGUUACAAAUUGGAUUCCAGUGCUGUGGAAACAAUGGCUUUAGAGACUGGUUUGAAGUUCAGUGGGUAUCUGCUCGUUACCUGAACAUGGCUUCUAAGGAAGUUAUGGACCGUUUCAAGAGUAAUGUUGAUGGGAAGUUCUUAGUGGACGGAGUGCCCUUCAGCUGUUGCAACCCGAGUUCCCCACGGCCCUGUAUCCAGUACCAGCUGACAAACAACAGCGCCCACUACAAUUAUGACUUCCUGACAGAGGAACUCAAUAUCUGGCUGAAGGGGUGCAGAGAGGCCUUGCUGGACUACUACACAGCCAUAAUGAGAUCUAUCGGUAUUGCAGCAUUGCUUAUCUGGUUGUUUGAGCUCUCUGUACUUAUUGGUGUCCGGUACCUACAAACAGCAAUGAAGAACGUUCUGCUGCGAGGAGAUCUGCAGGGUGAAUCAGAUGGUUGGUUACUAGAAAACAGUUUUGUGGAAACUGCCAAAUACAACAUCAAUAUUAUCAAGAACCUUGGCAAAGCCAACCAGAUCUCCACUGUCUCAGGCAUGAAUGACCCCAACAUUAACGUUCAAAACACAAACUGUGGCAAAAGCAACAUUACAGCAAAAUCUAUCCCCGCAGCUAGCUAGACAAGGCUCCAGCAAAAUGAUGGCUCGAGGGUGGUUUUGACACACUACAAUCUUAGAUACUGGCUUUUCACUGGUGGGGAAAAAGGAAAGUAAUAUGGUAAUUGAACAAGAAAUAGCCUGGUUGCAACAACAAGAUAUCAGUGCUUCUUUGGCAGGAUGUUUUUUCUUUACCCGUUCCCAUGAAAUUCUUGAUUUUUGCAUGUGUACAAAACAGUCUUUUGAAUUUUUCCCACUUUGUCUCCCCUGCUUGCACAUUUCUGUCCUGGUAUACAUAGACCAGGAUAAUGAUUAUACAUACCAGGGCUAUCAGAUUGGGUAUCACUGCGUCCUAGAUAGGAUUGGUCUAGUGUGUGAUUACUGUCACAUCUUCAAUCAAAUCAAACUGAAGGCAACAAAAGUUGGUUUGUAUGUUGGAUUUGACUUGUGUUUGUUCAUUUGUUUUUUAAACAAUCUGAAGGCUUAAAGAAAGCCAGCUGCCCUGGAAGUUAAUGAGUGCUAUUAAAAGGAGUUCUCUGCUCAAGAACACUAAUUGAUGACUCAUGCGGGAUAUUAAAACUCCAAAUAGCAUGUGGUAGCACAAGGGUAAAAAUAAGCAAAUACUUCCAAUAAAACAAAUACUGAUGGUCCCAGAUGUUAAAUUUGCUUGUAAUUUCAUGAGUAGUUAUACAGAUCCAUAGGCUGAAUAAGCAAGAAAUUAUUUGCAACCAACAACAACCAAGAUUGACCGUCAUCUCUGCUAUCAUGCUCCCAGCACAGUGCUCAUGAAGUUUGUAUGUCAGCAUACGGCACAAAAGCCUUCCUGUGCUCGCAGUAGCAGGAUGCCUAUGACUAAUUCAUCAGUAAGAACAUGGUUUUAAGUAGUAAAACAUACAGAUACAGAACAGAGGAUGAAAAAAAACCAAAAUAUAUUGCUUGUUAACGUGUGAAUAACACAUUAUUGAAUAUAACUCUGAACAGUCUGUGCAUUCUUUGUAUAUAAUCAACAGAAAGGAAUAAUCCCAUCACUGUGAUACUCAAAGCUUCCAGAAACAGCAGGUUGUGGACUUGGUCUGACUGUACAUGAAGUAACGUGUAUUAAUAACUCUCCACAGAACCUUUUUUUUUCCCCCUAUGAAUUUGUACAGAUUUUUUUUUCUUUAAUCCAUUCAUGUUUUUCACAUCCAAAAAGCUUUCACUGAUCAGCUUCACAUUUUAAUUUCUCACAAUUCAGUUCUGCAUUUCUUGGAAGAUCACUUUGCUUUUGGACUCCAUGACCUCAGUAUGUAUUCCUCAGUCUCUGCUCCAAGAUGCAGCUGAUGGUCACUCCUUGUUUAUUCUCUUCAUGCCGUUCCUGAUCUUACUGUCCUCUGUUACAAUCUGUCCCAUCUUCCCAAGUUGAAGAAGCUGCUGUUUAAUCUUUUUGCCUCUGGAAACUAUUGCUCAUCUUUGACAGUUUUUACAACUCUUCUCUAUUCAUGAUUUUUAAAUGAAGAACUCAUUAAGUGCAGCGCUGAGGAUGUUAUGAAUUAAACCAUCUUUCCCUCUUUUUCCUAAGACCUCCUGUCAUUUCUUGCUUUUCUGACAACUUGAGAAUUUGGGCAACAUUUUCACAAAGCCACCCAUAAAAAUACCAAGGCAUGAACUGUUGUGUCAUUCCUUCUGACAGCCAAAAAUAUCAUUUCUGCAUCACAGCUUGUUAUGCUGUGUCUAAGCCCACCUGAUGCCCUCAGGCACAAUCCUGACACCAUUUCAAAGAGCUUUAUUAUUAGACUGAAAAAUGUCCAGCUUUUAUGCCUCAUGGAACUAAGAGAAAGUGCACCCACUUUUUAGACUAGGAGACAGAACAAAGUUCAGUGAACCCGGGAAAUACAAUCCCAUGCCACAUACAGUCUCUCUAGACCAUUUAUUGAGCUACAGAAUUGCCACAGCUUAGUCCAGUUGUCUGUCAGAAGUCCCUGUUUGUCAGGAACCUGCUCUGAAAAAAUAGGUUCAGCAGAAGAGUGAACUAAAAUGACCACCCAGACCCAGCAUCUAUAACGACACAAAUUUUAAAGCAGCAAGCAGUGCUAUGCCACAUCAGCAUGAAGAGCAGUGGCAUAAAGAUCCAGCUAACAGCUUUCCCAUAGUUCACAAGGAUCACUUUCACAUUAAGACAUGUUUUACCAUAGAAACGUAAGCAAUGUUUGGUUUGUCAAUCUCAGAAGACUGCUGGAAAGACGCAGAAACCUCUGUCUAUGUGAAAACUUGUGAAAUUAACCAAGUAUCCAAUACGCAGGGAACGGCUGCUGUCUCAGCUCCUACCAGUAGUUAUUUGGAUGAUUCCAUCACACAUUUCCAUCCCACAUAGACAUUUAGUCUCCACCAAUGCAGAUAUACUGUGAAAGGACAACAGAUUUCACCGUACUGAGGACAAAUGCUACUUAUCAAUUGGAAAAUCCUAGCAACACUCUGACAACUGAUACUUGGAAAUGAACUGUUCUCUGCUUUGCUUUGCAUUUAUUAGUUUGCUCAGACACUGAAAGCACACUUUAAAUACUGAACACGGAGUAUAAAAAUACUCUGAGUAUUUAAUGUUAUAGCCAGUGCAUCAAGAAAAACUCAGGUAGCAGCACAGCCUGCGUUUAAUUCUCUGUAACUUAUAAAGACAAAGAUGGCAUUAGCAAGCCAAGCCUAUAAUCCGUAGCAUCUGCUCAGAUACAGAAAUAAAUACGAUUUGUGGGACACUUCUUAUCCUAUUUGUUAUUAAUGCCUAAUCCAGUCAGAAUUAAUAACAAUACAUUUGUGCAACAAAUCCCUGCAACUUCCAGAGCAAGGAAUUCACCUCUAAAUAAAACCAUCUUUUUAUGGAGCUCUUCAUAAAAUAACAGAAACAUUUCAAUGUUUGGCUCUCCUGCAGAAGCUGUGCUUACAGUGCUCUUCCUUUAAAGCACUCAGACUACCAAAGAAGAUUCUUGCUUUACACUGAUCGUAAAGAAAAAUAUAAUGAAUCAUAUUUGAACACUGCACAUUAAGAAUUUCGUUUGUUUUCCCUUAGAAGCUGGAAACCUCCCUUAUGCAAACUGGUUUAACUGGUGUGUGAUCAUACAGUUCUCUCCAACACAACAAACAACGUCUAAACCUGACAGAUCAUUUGGUGCACAUUUUAUCAGCUUCCCACUGUGGCAGCAGUUCAGGCUCCAUGGCCAUCAAUAGCACAGUGCCAGCACCUGCUUCACACAGUGUGCGGGCAAAUUUUGGAGGUCAGUCUGAUUCUUAAUUGUGACAGCCAGUAAUUAAACUGCUUAAAAUACAAUCCUGUUUCUUGGCAGUGACCUCAAACAAGCAAUACAAAAAUAAAGAAAGCUCAAGCUCAACUUUUAGUGCUUCAUGUUUAACUUCAUACCUGGUCUCUCACCUUAGUCAUCAUUGCAAAAAGCAAUACAUACAACUUCAGGUCUUUCUCUCAAGCACAUUUCUUAAACAGCUCCUCUUUAAUCUGCACUUCCAACCACACAAUGGAAGCUUCCAGAAACGGAGCUGGGACUAAUUGGAUUUUAGGGACUUGCAGAGCAGUCGGUAUUCAUUGUUCAUUUGUUUUCUCUAUCAAGAAAUAAAUUUAGCCUCCAUCUGCAAAACAUGGAUUAAAAAAAUACAAGAUUGUGCCGCAGAAAUGAAACAACGUUUUUGGAAGAAAACAUAUCAUGGCCAUCAGCAUCCUCCAGAUUAUUUCCUACGCUGGUACUCACUGGUACAAUGAUGAUGGGGACCACAGUUUACCAAGAGUUUAAUAAUCCUUCCCUGUUUUCCGUACUGACAGACCUCCUGUAAUACACGGCAGGAGAAGUGUGAAAGUGCCUCCAAAUAAAAGUAGAAUAAUCUAUGAGAAGUUACUUUAUUUCCUUUUUUAAAUAUACAUAUACAAGAUAUUUUAUUUCAAAAGCACAAGAACAUUAUACAAGUUUCAAAUUUACAAUUUUGCAAUUAAAGAAACCAAUAUGUGCAUUAUUAAAUUUCUUCUGUCGGCCCAGAUGGAAUGAAAAUCGGUGGCAUAAGCGUCUUGUGAUCACUAAAUACAGAUCAUACUCACAGUGAACAAAACUGCAUAGUAAUUUAUGAAAUGAAAGAUGACCACACCAGUCAGUGAAUGAUAUGGGAGCCCAUUUGCUAAUUAGUAUGUGCAGACAUACAGGGAGAUGCAGCUUUGCCCUUUCUCUCACUCUCUCUCUCAUUUUUGCAGCUAUAAAGGCAUUUCUACAGCUUCAAACAAGAGCUCACCUGUUCAAUCCAGCUCCUGUUCUUAUAUAUAUAUUACAGUUCAGCCAGAAAAUAUAACAGUGACCUCACGUCGUUGUUGAUAACAGAGUUUAUCACUGAAGUGCAAGGUAACUGAAGGUUUCUGAUAAACGGAAAGGUAAAACUCUGAGCAAAAAUACCAAACCAAUCUGAAUAUAGUUUUGGGAUCAAUAAGCCAUAAUUUACCAGCCUGAACAUGUGUUUUUCUUGGUAAAAAAUGUUUUUAUGUCCUUAGAUAUCACCAGUGAAUGCAAGUUUUCAUCACAAUUCCUCUUCUAAAUUCUUUAUGUGUUUCAAACACAUCUUAGAUAAGACUAAUAGAAUUAUGCUCCUCUUUGAAGGGUUGGACGCUCCGGUUUAGAAAUACAUUAUCAGAUAUUAUUUUGACAACUUUCCCUUGUGAGCCUUAUUAAAAUGACAUGAAAAUAAUCCAAAGAGCAAAGGGAGGGGAAAUUUAGAAUAUUGAAAACUUCCAGCUUUGAUACCAACGUGAUUUCCUUGGAAAGCAUUUUCACCCAUUACAAAUUCUCUCAUGUAUGUUAUAGUUGCAAUUCAGAAAACAAAGCAAAAGACAUUUAGAACUGAAGCACAAUCCUACAGCGUUAAGAGAGAGCUCAACCACAGUGUACCAUUAACUUGUGAAGGGCAAAGAGACUUACAUAUUCACCCUUCUUGCACUUUUCUGCUCCUAGCGCUGAACAUGACCCCAAAACACAUUUUCACUUAUGCAGGCAGGGCUCCAAACAAUUGUGACAGAGGAUGAAGAGUGGAAAGUUUCCCAAACAUGGGCAAAGAAAUUUAUUUCUAAUUCCAAGGCUGACUGGUUUAGGGCCUUGAUUUCAGUCCAGUGAUAGCGUUGAAGGUUGCCUACUUUAUUGAAGUCUCUGGCUCCUAUGUAACUUGCAGAGAUAUACUACAGCAGUUAUUUUCCUGUUUGGCUUUAAAGGAAAAAUUCAUGUAAAAAA